CUUGAGUCGGUUCCUCGGCGCGACAUCUUCAGCUGCAGGUCCUUUGCUCUUGAGACCUACGUUGUAUCACUAUACCCUGUCGACUUCGAAUUCUACACAUAGGGUUCGCCUAUUAGUGAUCUGGUCCACUGAAUAAGACGACUUCCACGAAACAGUCAUGGCAGACCCUGAGCUUGCCGCAAUUCGUGCGGCUAGGAUGAGCCAACUCCAGCAGAACACUGGAGGAGGAGGCGAAGGUGGAGAAGAUGAGGGCAAGCGGGCAGCGGAGGAACAGAUGCGCAGAGAUUUGCUGGCUACUGUGCUGGAUAACUCUGCGAGAGAACGACUGGCCCGCAUUGCUCUCGUCAGCCCUCAGCGAUCACAGCAAAUCGAGGCUAUCCUCCUGCGCAUGGCUCAAACGGGCCAGUUGCGAGGGAGGGUAACAGAGGGCCAGCUCAUAGAUCUGCUGGAGCAGGCAGACGAGGCACAAUCCAAGAUGGCCACAAAGACGAGUACUAUAGUGGUGCGUUUAUGGUUAAUAUUUGCCACACACCACCCUGACACUUUCAUUGGGCCAGUUCCAACGUCGGAAGGGGGGAUUCGACGACGAUGACUUCGACUAUCUUGGCUUGUGAUGUCCCUUGGAACCUACCCGGGCUGCUAACGGCGAAACACAGAACCAAUCGCUUGGGGAACAUGCAAUCGGUGUG